AGUCGAGUUCAGUGCGGUGCAAACUAACAUGCGCUGUGAGUGAGCCCUACGUUUGUAAGAAGUAGCUAGCUAGCUAGCUUGAUAGUAGCUAACGAGCUAGCCAAGGAAAGCCGCAGCAUAAUAAACCAACGACUUGAUGGUGGCAGACUUGAACUAAGUUAAUAACUGUAUAGGACUUCGCUCGCUUCGCUUUCUCUGUGUUGUAUUUGGAAGUUGACUCAUACAAGACCCCACCUGAGACAGCGUGCACCCAAAAUCUGUGAAGAGUUUAAUUUUCGGUCUCGAAGAAUUGGAUGUGUUACGUUAGCAGCCUGGAACGCCAGAUCGAACGAAGCUUCUGGGACUGGUGCUCUUAUGAACUGGACUAGUGUCACCUGCGUACCCUGUAGUAGUACGCUGCUCCAGACUGUAGCUAGCUUGCGAGUUAGCAAGCUAGCUAACAACGGAAAAUAGGAAUGCCAUUCUGCAAUAUAGACAACAACGUUGAUGGCUUCGUCAUUACAUUAGCUUGGUAGCGAACAUGAAAGAAAUAGCCAGGAGAGUGAACUCAAAAGUUAUCCAUGCAACAUUAACUAGCCUCUGCAUAUAGCCAUACUUGCUAGCUGACUAACGUAUCAUAAAGAUUUCUAUUGCUUCGCUUGCUAGCCGACCAUGGUUGCUACCACGAAAGAAAUAAUGAGCGUGGGUUUAGCUGGUUAAUUGGCUAGACAGAGCUUUCCCAUUUUUUGAUGUUGUAUAACGGUACUAAUUUAUCUGGCUAGUACAGCGAUAUAUCGGGUGGUUUGUCUCUUUUCGACAAGUUGUGUUCUGGCAUUUGGAAUGGUUUACUAUCUCUUCAGAACACCUGGGAACUAUGGACAGUGCAUUUUAACGCUAACGUUAGCUGCUGCAACCCCAAGCCUGUACUGUUGAAGAAUCUGCGCAGUUUUUUACAUCAGCGAUUUUAAGGGAAUCAACCAAGUCAUUAACGGGUUCGCUAAUUUCACAACGAUGUCAUCCAAAGAUAAUCCUUGUCGGAAGUUUCAAGCCAACAUUUUUAACAAAAGCAAAUGCCAGAAUUGUUUCAAGCCGAGGGAGUCGCAUUUGUUGAACGACGAGGAUUUAAACAAGGCUAAACCUAUAUAUGGAGGUUGGUUGCUGCUGGCGCCGGAGGGGACAAACUUUGACAAUCCUUUGCACAGAUCUCGGAAGUGGCAAAGGAGGUUCUUCAUCCUCUACGAGCAUGGAUUAUUACGCUAUGCCCUGGACGAGAUGCCCAGCACCCUGCCCCAGGGCACCAUCAACAUGAACCAGUGUUCCGAUGUGAUUGAUGGAGAGGCCCGCACGGGCCAGAAGAACUCCCUCUGCAUCCUGACGCCCGACAAGGAGCACUUCAUCCGCGCCGAGAACAAAGAGAUCAUCAACGGGUGGCAGGAGACGCUGGUGGUGUACCCCAGAACCAACAAGCAGAACCAGAAGAAGAAGAGGAAGGUGGAACCGCCGACUCCUCAGGAGAGCAUCCAUGGUAUCCCUCAGCAGGCUUUGAGAAACCUGAACGGACACCUUGAGCCCGGGCCUGCCAAGGUGACGGUGACCAGCAGCAGCAGCGGCGGCAGCAUCCCCUGCCUCCCCAGCAGCAUCGCCGCUGCCGAGAGGGUCCCGGCCAGCCGCGCGUCCCUGUGGCAGGAGGACCGCCGGGGCCGGAGCUCCAUCCCCUGCAGCCGCAGCGCCUCCUGCCUCAGCCAGCUGGGCCAGAGCUACCCGCCCCCCAGCACCACCGAGGACCGGAGCUCGGUGAACGGAGGCCGCAAGGCUCGCGUGGAGAGCGGCUACUUCUCCCUGGAGAAAGCCAAGCCGGAGCCCCCGCCCCACCCCCCGCAGCAGCUGCCCCUGUCCUCCCCCAGCGGCCCCGGAGGCCUCCACAGGCGGUCCCAGGUGAUCGAGAAGUUUGAGACGCUGGAAGGGGACGGUGUGGAGCACAUGGAGACCAGCUCUUCCUCAGAGCCCCCCCCCUCCUCCUCCACCACCAACGCCGCCCAGCGGCAGGGCCGCAGCGAGAGACGCCACUUCCCCAACAAACAGGACUGCUCAUUAGACGCUGCGAUUGAGCGCACCAUGCCCGAUGUCUCCAGCUCGUCCCUCUCCAGCUACCGGCGAGCCAAGUCCCUGGACCGGCGUGCCACCGAGUCCUCCAUGACUCCUGACCUGCUGAAUUUUAAGAAAGGAUGGAUGACAAAGCUAUACGAAGAGGGGCUGUGGAAGAAGCACUGGUUUGUGCUGACUGACCAGAGCCUGAGAUACUACAGGGACUCUGUGGCAGAAGAGGCGGCUGAUCUGGAUGGCGAGAUUGACCUGUCUACGUGUCAUGAUGUCACUGAGGUCCCUGUGCAGAGGAAUUAUGGUUUCCAGAUCCACACAAAAGAAGGAGCGUUCACUCUCUCCGCCAUGACCUCUGGGAUCCGCCGCAACUGGAUCCAGGCCAUCAUGAAGAACGUGCGGCCCACCAUCGCCCCCGACGUCACCCGGAAAAACGUCACUCUGAAACUGUCGGUUCUGAAACACAGCUCCCUUCCGGAUGAGCGGGUGAAGGCUCGUGCAGCCCUGGAGACCAGCCCCCAGCCCCCCGCGGAGACGCCCGCCCUUCAGGGAGAGCCCCCGACGGGGGACGGCAGCGGCUCGGAGCAGCGAAGGAGCCGCAUCCGCGAACGGCGGCGCGAGGGCCGAUGCAAGACCUUCGACUGGGCCGACUUCCGCAAAGGACAGCCCCCCGAGACGGAGGCGCCUGACGGGCGGCCGGAGAAAGCGCCGGACAUCGGCCCAGCCUCCUCUACCCCCUCCUCCCCCUCCUCCUCCCCGCCCGGGUCCUCCACCACCUCCUCCCCUUCCUCGUCCUCGGGCGCGCCCCUCAGGGAGCCCCCGGCGGAGGAGGAGCUGGAGCAGGAGCGGGCCAGACGUCGCGAGGAGAGGAGGCGCCGCUUCCAGACCUGCACCCCCGCGCCGGAGAGGACCGUGGCCUCCACAGAGGGAGAGGUCAGGACCCCGGUUGAGCAGGGGAGGAUGGAGGUGGACGCCCCGCAGGCCGGAGACGGAGGCAGGGAGCGGGGCAAGCCGCCCGAUGUGCAGGUGGAGAUCGAGCAGCGUUGGCACCAGGUGGAGACCACCCCCCUCCGUGAGGAGAGGCAGGUUCCCAUCACCACCAUACACCCCUCUGACCCCGCUGCUGAGAGGCCUCCCCCUCAAGAGCUUGCAGCCCUGCUGGACAAAGAGCUGGAGCAGACGCAGAAGGAGUUGGCCAAACUACAGGAGCAGAACAGCCUCCUUCAGGCACAAUUGCAGGAUGCUCGGGGGAGAGAACUGAGCGCCAGGGAGGGCUAUGUACUUCAGACUGACACUCCCUCUGCGUCAGCGCCCUCGGGCGCGUGGCAGCGGCUGCAUAAGCUCAACCAGGACCUUCAGAAUGAGCUGGAAGCCCAGCGGCGCAAACAGGAGCUUACCAACCAGCAGGUGCAAGCCCUGAAGAGGAACUAUAAUGAGGCCAAGGAUGUGAUACGGCACCACGAGUCAGAGAUCCAGGCCCUCCAGGCCAAACUCAACAAUGCGAUGGCUGAGAUCCUCAUUAGUGAGCAGGCGGUGGCCAAGAUGCGCAGCGAGCUAAAACUGGAGCAGGAGCGCUUCCGGGACCGCAAGGAGGAGUGGGAGCAGGACGAGCAGGCCCUUCGUACCCAGCUUAAGGACAGUGAGGACAGGCUUAAGGAUGUGGAGGCCCACCUCCUGGAAAAGAGCCAGGCCCUGAGGGACCUGGAGCGGCAGCAGGCCCUGCAGCGAGACCACCUGAAGGAGGUGCAAAAGCUCCAGGAGAGACUGUCAGAGGUCACUGGCAGGCUGAUUGCCACGGAGGAGGCCCAGGCUCUGAAGGAGGAGCGCCUGCAGAAGAAUCUGCAUGUCCUACAGGAGAGUCAGGAGAAAGAGAGGCAGAGUCUAGUGAAGCGCCUGGUGGAGGCAGAGGGGAAAGGGCAGGAAAUGGAAGAGCGGCUACAGGAGGCAGAGCAGCAGGUUGAGGCCCUGCUCAGAGAGAAGCGCACAUCUGGGUUGGUGAAUAACGAGGUUGUGCACCAGAUAGAGCAGCAACUGGCUAUCAAGGCAGAUGCCAUUGAGAAGCUCUCAGAGGCUCUCCGUCAGCUGGAGGAAGAGAAGAGUCAGCUGACCUGCCGCUGUCAGGAACUGCUCAACCAGAUUUCUGAAGCAGACAAUGAGGUGGCCAAGCUCCAGAAUCGCCUCAAGGCGGAGGAGUCGGACUACUUCAAUCUAGAGCACUCAUAUGAGAAGGUGUCCGAGGAGUUCCGGAGGAUAGGCAUGAUUCUGCAUGAGAAAGAACAGGAGAUCCAUGCAGCUAAGGAGAUGUAUGAAAGGCUGAUGGAACGGAAGGAGCAAGACCUCAAUGAGGCAAUGAUAAAGAUGGCUGCACUGGGAAGCAGCCUGGAAGAGACUGAGCUGAAGUUGCAGGCAAAAGAGGAACUGAUCUGCAAGAUGGGUCAGGGGUAUAUGGAACCAUGUAGUUCAGAGAGGGACUUAGAAGCUAAAUUAGUCGUGGCAGAAGAUCGUAUCAGUGAACUGGAGCAGCACCUCAAUGAGCUGCAGCUUGGCUACUCUGAUCUCCAGAUGGAGCACUCAAAACUGCAGGAGGACUGUGAUGUUUUGCAGAGCAUUAGCACAGCUGAAGGAUCCUCACUGACAGCAGUGGAAGGAUCCAACUCCAUAGACGAGAUCAGGCCACAAUUGAGCACCAGCAACGAUGGCGGAGGGUCACUGGUGAAGCGGCAGAGGAUACGCUUCUCAAGCAUACAUUGCCAAAAAUAUGUUCACUUGGAGGGGGCUGAGAAGCUGUGGGCUAGUGGCACCUCUUCAGAUAUCAACCAAGACCACUCUCUCUCUGAGGAGAGUGGCUCCUCUGACGCACCAUAUCAAUACAUAACCUCCGCCAGCAGUGAUCCAGAGAAGUUCAUCUCCAUCAUCCACGCUCUAGAAACCAAACUGUUCACCACAGAAGAAAAACUCAAAGACAUCACUCAAAAGCUGGAGGAACAGCAGGGCAGGCAGCUGCAGUGCCUUAGGGAGCAGCAUGGUCAGUGGGCCGAGUCUGAGGCUGAGUUACGGGACCAGCUCAAUGAGAGCCUGUCCACAGUAAACCAGCUCACUGCACAGCUCCAGCAGGAGAUGGACAAGAGGGGUAAUUUUUCACAGGAAAUGGACUGCAGCAUCAGGGCAGUAAAUGCCAAAUAUGAGAAGGCCCUGGCCUGUGUAGAGUCAAGCAGGGAGAAGGUUCAGUCCAUCUUGAGAUGUCACAAAGACGUUGGCACAGAACUACAGCUACACACAUUGGCAGAAAUAGAGACAGAGCUAGUCAAUGCCACUGUGUUUAUUAGACAGGGUAGAAACACUUUGGAAGAACAACCACAUGAGACACACGGAAGUCUGGCCCGAGAAAUAAAGGAAAACAAGGUUUCAGACGAGGAGAGAAUAAAAUGUUUUGCCAAAACUUUAGCCUUUGAGGCCAUAGUUUUAAAUAAGAUGGCAUUCUCAAUUCAAAAUCCAAACUUGGACCUCUUGCAGGGCCUUAGUGAGAUCCAUCAAGAGGCUGAGAAACUAAGAAGAAGUGAUGAGGGUUAUGUAGCAAUUGUUUAUGCAGAUGUCUUAACUAGGAAACUGAUAGCAGAAAGUGAAUUUUGGGCUGAGGUAGAGAAGCUUGAUGCACAAUAUAAAUUAAGAGAGGGUGAUGGGCAAGGGGAUAUCGAUUCAGUAGAGGUCAAUAUUGUUGGGGAGAUGGGCAUCACAUUUUUCAGUAAUGCCUGUAUCAAAGCUGAACUGGCGUUUGCUGUUCAGAAUCUAAAGCACUUUUAUGAGGAAAAGUUCCAGAAACUCAAAGCAGAUUUGCUAGAUGCCCACAGAAACCUGCAACACAGGGAACUUGCAUUGAAAGAGAUUGUGAAAUCCUCAAAGAAGACAGAUUUUGAUAGAGUCAUGCAAGAGGUGAGCACUGAGUUUGGCUUCAGUCAGGGGAAGACUUUAGCUGACAUAAGCCCUCCGGAACUUGCCCCCUAUGUGGAACAAGUCGAGAUGGAGGUGGCCCGUGACUUAGCGGAGGAGAUCGUCAGUAGGCAUCUUCAAGGAAGUGAACCUUCCUGUGGCUUUGAAUCUGUUGAGUCUACACAUGUGGGACGAGAGAGACUAAUCACUGAGCUAAGGAUGCAGGCUGAGGUCCUCCAGCGUCUCUCUCAGGAGGUUGAGGUGGCCUGCAAUGCAGAAAGUGGCAGUCUUCGCAACACACUACUGAACAUUUCUCAAGCAAACCCAAGUUACCAGAAUUUCGGUGACAUAAGUACCAGCUCUGUGUGCAUGCGAGAAGCAAUGAUCCAGGCCCAGAUUGCCUAUAUAGCCUGCAAGCUGAGAGUUGACCAUGAGAGGGACCUAAAGAAGUGCAAGGAGGCUUGUCAGGGCAUGAAUUUCCUGUGCCAGGAGCAUGCCCAGAAUGUGGGUGCCAUUCGUGAGCGGUACGAGGCCUCCAUGCAAGAUGAGCGGCAGAGCUUCACCCAGAAUAUGUCUGGUCUUCAGGAGGAGAAUGAGACCCUGAAGAGAGAGGUGUCCAUCCGCAUUGCUGAGAUCUCCCAGCAGCAGGAGCGGAUGGUUCAGCUGGAAGAGCGCUUUCAGGCCGAGAUGGAGGAAUUAAAGACCAGGUACGAGAUGGAGCUGGCCCAGGUGGAACAGAGGAGGAGCACCACUGAGCUAGCACUGAUGGAGAAGACAGCGGACAGCCAGCACAAGCUAGACAUGAUCCUGAUGGACAUCGAGCGGAUGGAGGACCGGCAUGAAGAGCAUGUGCAGAAGCUGGAGGACAGGUUCCAGGGAAAGAUCCGGGAGCUGCAGCAGAUUCACGAGGAGGAAAUGCAACGCCUGCAUGAGCACUACAUGCAGACCAUCCACUCCAUGCAGGAAACGCUGGAGAGGAUUAAGGCUAGGCACCCCGAUGACUAUUCCCUCUCAGAGGAGGCAACAUCCCCCACAGACCAGGCCCUGCCCAUGGAGGAGGAGCCAGCGGGGGGUGAGUGCGGCUCCAUGGUGGUGCUGAGGGAGAGGAUCCAAGAACUGGAGACUCAGAUGAACGCUAUGAAGGAUGAGCUGGAGAACAAACACCUGGGGGGAGAUGUGUCCAGCCUGAAGGAGAAAUACCAGAAAGACUUUGAGAGCUUGAAGGCCACCUGCGAGAGGGGCUUUGCUGCCAUGGAGGAGACCCACCAGAAGGUUAUCGAGGACAUCCAGCGGCAGCACCAGAGGGAGGUGUCCAAACUGCUGGAGGAGCGUGAGAGACUACUGGCCGAGGAGACGGCUGCUACAAUUGCUGCUAUUGAAGCCAUGAAGAACGCCCACCGGGAGGAGCUGGAGAAGACUCAGCGCUCCCAGCUGAGUGGCAUGAGCUCCGACAUCGAGGAGCUGCACAGGCAAUACGAAGAGGAGCUUCAGUCCAUCCACCGCGAGCUGGAGGUGCUGUCCGAGCAAUACUCUCAGAAGUGCCUGGAGAACGCGCACCUUGCCCAGGCGCUGGAGGCCGAGAGGCAGGCUUUGAGGCAGUGCCAGCGGGAGAACCAGGAGCUUAACGCCCACAACCAGGAACUGAACAACCGUCUGACAGUGGAGAUCACACGUAUGCGGUCCUGCUUCAGUGGAGAGGUGGCUGGGUCACCCCUUUCACAGGGCAAGGACCUGUAUGAGCUGGAGGUCUUAUUGCGGGUCAAGGAAUCAGAAAUCCAGUAUCUGAAACAGGAGAUCCACUCUCUGAAAGAUGAACUCCAGUCUGCACUGCGGGACAAGAAGUACGCUACGGACAAAUACAAGGACAUCUACACGGAGCUGAGCAUUGUGAAGGCCAAGGCUGACUGUGAUAUCAGCAAGCUGAAGGAGCAGCUGAUGGUGGCCACCGAGGCCCUGGGGGAAAGGAGGUCUGACGGCACCACUGCUGUCCAGGGCUAUGAUAUCAUGAAAUCUAAAAGCAAUCCUGAUUUUCUAAAGAAAGAGCGGUCGUCCUUGUCCAGGCAGAUCAGAGGUAUACGAUCGAAGUCUGUCAUUGAACAGGUCUCAUGGGACAGCUGACUUCUCCCCAGAGGGGAGCGAGUCUCCCUGUGAUAGCCUGAAGGAGGGUUUGACAGUGCAGGAGCGCAUGAAGCUCUUUGAAGCAAAAGAUUCCAAGAAGAUCUGAGCACUCCAGAUCAGCACACUUCUCCAACCUCCCCCUUUUCCACUCUUUUGACCUACUGGCCACCUUGCACCAGCCUGCCAAUCAUUUCACAGUCAUGCAUAUAUUUAUAUUAAAAAAUUCUAAUUAUGUAUAUAUAUAUCAUUUAAAGAAGAUGUUGGAGUGACUGAAAUGAAUGACGUGCAGGUAUAAGGCACGGGCAGUUUCUCUCUGCUCCUGGAGUGGACAUUUUUCUUGUAUUUUGUUCCACCUGCCCUGGACACUAAUUCUUCCCACUCUUAAUCUGACAUUUCAACUUUGUCUCCUUGCUUUUUGCUACACCGUUGAGGAUAUUAAAAUGCUAAUGGUGGUUUGGUGAUAUUCUAGUUCAUUUUCCCUGUGCAGUGCAGAGACCAGAUGCCAAAAUAUAUGUGAAAUAUUGCUGUCUGUGCUGAGAUGGGAAUGAAGUCUCUGUUGCUUUCCAUUUUUGAUAUAUUUAUUAUAUUUAUACCACUUUUCAUUCAAAUUGAAGUGUGUUUGGAGGAAAUUGAGUAUUUGUCUGGGUAAAUGGAAAAUGUAGUGUGCUUAUUGCAAAUCAGUUCCUGACAAUGCUUGCAUUUUGGGCUUUUUUGUGUUUGUUCAAACAAAGAUCACAGGGGAACUAUGGAGACGAUAUAUAUGGAGAUCUGUGAAUGCCAAUAAUGCUGUUGCAUUGACAUAAUGAAGUGGUAUGAUGGGUCUUUGUCCCAAAUAUUAUCGAGGGCACUAUAAUUAAGUGGCAUGAUACAGUAAUGAAGAUUUGACGCAUUUGGCAGUUUAUUUUUUCUUAAAUAUUUAGAAAAGAUUUGUGAAAACUGCCAAUUUGCAUGAGCAAACCUAACAAAAUCUUUUGUGGCUUACACGUCUCAUAUCCAGGUCAAAACAGCAAUUGAAACUAACCCAAGAAGUGGUACUGGUUUGAGUGUAUUGUACUGUUAUUACUUCUCAAAAUCCUUCCCAUUCUAAAGAAAUAUGUGACUAUGAGCAAAAGUUUCAUGUUUUUGUUUUACCCUUUAAUUUUUAUAUCCAUCUCACUUGUUCCAUUACAAUUUGAGGUCCUUUAAAAUAGCUGUCGCCAUAUUACUAUAUGUAAUACAAUAUUGCAAAUUGCUACUUUUAGAACCAGAGCAGCCAAUGUUACAUUGAUGUAAAACCUAAUAGCAUUUAUGCAUACAAUUCAUGUACUCUUCAAAUUCCUGGGAGUUAACUACCACUUACCAACAAAGGAAAGGAUUAUUUUGUUUAAUUUACUUGGUGCAUGGCAAUCAUGAAAUGUUCAGUAAGACAUUUAAUGUGCAUCUAUUUUGCCUUUUCAGUAUUUGUAUAUUCACUGAGAUGCCAAAACAAUCCACUUUAGGUAUUUUACCAUUUUCCCAAGGAAACUGAGUUUCUUAAACAGAGGUGUAACAAGGAUUGUGCUAAAAAUGGGGACUGUAUAUAGCCUGACAAAUUAAUCUUGUAAAUGGCUCUAAGGGAAGAAUGUAGUUACCAAUGAUUGUGGUGGUUAUUUUUUAUAUUAACACUGGUGAUAUGUAUAGUCAUUGUUAAUCAGAAAUGAGAUGUUUGACUAAUGAACAAAUCAAUGGUGUAUGAUUUCAUUUAAUUACUUGGGAAGGGGGGGGCGGGGGUCCACACAGGUGUGUCUCCUUUGUACAGUGACUCAAAUAAAACGUACAAUACCAGUGCAACCAAACUGUUACACCUGAAAAUGUCAAUCGGUAAAAAUGCUACCGUUUGCUUUGUCUUGUCAGGCAGAACAAAAGGUAUUCCGUAGCGUAUUUAGUCCUUUGCUGGGUUUUUCAGUUUUUCUCCAAAAUGUUUGGCCUGUUUUCUUUGUUUAUUAAUAGAACUUGGUAUGACAGAGUAUUAACUUGCAGACAUGCUUUUUGAUAUACGUUUGUCCAUUUCCAGCUGUAGUAGCGAUGACUAUGCUUGUAACACAAGCCACAGAGGCUUGGUUCUCCCUGGAGUGUCCCCUCUUGCUGUCAGUUGGAAUGAGCUUUGAGGUGCAGUGUCUUACCUGGCAGAGCUGUCUUAACGCGCCUCGUCGAGUCCUCUGCUUUUUUGCUUAUAAGAUGUUUAUUUUGUCUCUCUUCCUAAUUUAAGAGAAAAAGCAUACAAAAAAUAAAACCGCAAUGAAAAACACACUGUAUAGUAUUCAAAGCACGCCAUGUAAAUAUUUGGUACACAGAAUUUAGUUUUUGUGAUUUUACGUAUUUUAAAUCUGUAUCCUGCUUACUAGCAUAUAUAUAAAAAAUAUAUAAAUAUUUUUUAUUUUGGUUUGAAUGUAAAACAUGUUGUCAUAAAUAAAUGAAGCAUUUCCGGACCCUGUCA